AUGUCUUCCCCAGCCGUCUAUGUUUCGGAAAACGAAGAUGACAGUCAAAGAAUCCCUGUUCCCAGAGGGGAUGAAGUCUUCACCCAAAGGGGAGACAAAUUUGGUCCGCACUUCAGGUCUCAAUCGACCUCUGCUUCCCUUGGCGCUCUUCGCCGCCUUUGUAACAUCCCCCAGGAAAUUGAAUUCUCUCUUCCUAGAUCCAACGAGUCUCCAGAAGUGGUGCGAGAGGGUUACUGUUGUGCGUACGAAGUCUAUUUCAAAGGUUGUGGUUUGUUUUUUCCCGUUCCGGAAGUUCUUCUUUUAUACCUCCUCCACCUAGGGAUUGCCUUUCCCCAAAUGGCUCCUAAUUUUCUUCGAUACGUUCUGAGUACCCUGACCGUUUCGGCAGAAGCAAGGUUUUCCCUCUCCACCAGCGAACUCUUAGGGCUAUUUCGAGCCCGUGAAUCCGCAGCAGCGGGUAUUUUUUCUAUAAACCCUAUCCUUGACCGUAACCUAAUCGACGGAAUGCCCUCGAAUGAUGGGCAUUGGAGGAAAUACUGGUUCUUUUUCCGAGUCAAUCCCCAUUCUGUUCAAGGUCUUUCCGGUCUUCUUCUCGCCAAUUGGUCGGCUAAACUUGGGAACCAGACGAUCCCCCACCCAACCGUUGACUUCUUGUCCUUCUUUCGAAUAGUUUCCGAGGGUGAAACAAAUUGGAAUUCCUUCACCCUUCACCGCAUUCAUAAAGCGGGGCUCGCCAUUAAAGACGGUCAGACUCACCCCCUCGAUCCUCCUCCCGAGGAGAAAGACGUCUCGAGCCUGAAUGCCCGAGACAAAAGAAAGAUGCAGGCUGAAAUCAAGGCUCUUAAGGAUCAGCUAUCCGAAAUCGGGAGAAAGAAACGGAUAGCUGCAAUCUCCAGGGUUGGUAACUUCCACAGGAAGACCCUCUUGGUUGAUGAUGGUUCGUUAGAAGCAGCCCUGUCAGCCGCGGUGGAUACUCAUGGAGCCGAGAUCCUUAACGACCCUCCAGUUGCCACCGCAAUUUGCCCUUCCGAACCAGGGUGUGAGGGAGAAAUAACCUCCUCUCUUUGUACAAAGAGGAAGGCUCCAGAUUCUGAUAAUUUAUCAAGCAAGAGACUUAAAACCGUGAGAUUAAGUUCUCCGCCACGAGUCUCUAGCCCUCUACGCUCUGUUUCUCCCUCUUCAGAACCUUUAAACUCCGAGCUCCCUCUUCCGGGAGACAGAGUAAUUUUAGAGGAAACGGAUGAGCCGAGACCGGAGGCUUCCCUAUCUCAAGGACUGAGUGUUAGGACUCAAAAUCCUUUACCCGCUUUGAUUUCAGGCGGAGAAGAGAUUGGAGACAUCUUCCGAAGUUUCCAAACCAGGGAAGGGGCAUCCCUUCCUCCUAUUUCGGUUUGGAGGCCGGAAAUCCGUCAGAUGUUUGCCAAUCGAGCUCGCUACCUAUCCCAGAACCUUCUUCAUCAAGCGAAGAGAGGGACCGCAAAGGCUAAGAAGGAGGUUGAUGAUCUCAGAUUAGCCAACCAAUCCGAGCGACUUGAGCGGGAAAAAGCACUCGAGUCAUCGUUUGAAAAUAUGAAGAAAACUCUAGCAGCUAACGAGCAACGCAUCAGAAUUGCGAAUGCUGAAAGAGAUUCUGCGAGGUCUAAUGCUUCUCGCUUAGAGGCUGAGCUAGUGGAGAAUACGGCUUUGUUCGAAGAAGCAAAUCAAGAGAUCGAGCUUUUAACUAGGAACAGGGCUCGCGAUAUCGCUGAAGCCGAACAUAAUACUCGAGAAGAGAUGAGGGGAUUCGGAAGGCAACUUAUUCAAUCUGUUACGAAGUUCAUCAAGGACGAAGAGGUCUGGACUAAACUUCUAACAGAUCGAGCCGAACUGAAGAGCAAUCUAGACCUGAUUAAGGAACUAGAGGCUGGGAGAGUUUCGUUCGAGAACGAGAGGAACGAAGUUGCUGCCGAACUCGCUAUGGUUGAGUCCGAGUUAUCCUCGGCUUCCCAUCCUACUCUCGAACUGAAACAAUUUUCUUUGGUAUUUGGAGACUCCCCAUCUCAAUUCGAGGUAGGUGAAGGUUCUCGGCCACAUGAGGGUUCUCCAGAGGUGUAG